CUUGGGUGCUCGCCACCGGCUGGGCUCUGGUGCGACCUCGUUAGGAGCUGCAGGGUGGACUGGCUCGCGCGUCUCCACCCUCGCCCCAGCCUGCGCCUCCUGGCUCGCAGGCCGCCCCUUAGCAGGUCGUCCCCGAGGCCCGGGCCCAGCCGCUCCCCAGCACCUUCGCGGGCUCCCAGGCCAGCGGAAUGCAGCCUCCGGGCCCGCCCCCGGCCUAUGCGCCUGCCAACGGGGACUUCACCUUUGUCUCUUCGGGGGACGCAGAAGAUCUCAGUGGUUCUAUAGCAGCUCCAGAUGUCAAAUUAGACCUCGGUGUAAGUGGAGAUUUCAUCAAAGAAUCUACAGCAACAACAUUUCUGAGACAGAGAGGCUACGGCUGGCUUUUGGAAGUCGAAGAUGAGGAUCCUGAAGAUAAUAAGCCACUUUUGGAAGAAUUGGACAUUGACCUAAAGGAUAUUUACUACAAAAUCCGCUGUGUUUUGAUGCCAAUGCCAUCGCUUGGUUUUAAUAGACAAGUGGUGAGAGACAAUCCUGACUUUUGGGGUCCACUGGCUGUUGUUCUGUUCUUCUCCAUGAUAUCAUUAUAUGGACAGUUUAGGGUGGUCUCAUGGAUUAUAACCAUUUGGAUAUUUGGUUCACUGACAAUUUUCUUACUGGCUAGGGUUCUUGGUGGAGAAGUUGCAUAUGGCCAAGUUCUUGGAGUUAUAGGAUAUUCAUUACUUCCUCUCAUUGUAAUAGCCCCUAUACUUUUAGUGGUUGGAUCUUUUGAAAUGGUGUCUACACUUAUAAAACUAUUUGGCGUGUUUUGGGCUGCCUACAGUGCUGCUUCAUUACUCGUAGGUGAAGAAUUCAAGACCAAAAAGCCUCUGCUCAUUUAUCCGAUCUUUUUACUGUACAUUUAUUUUUUGUCCUUAUAUACUGGGGUGUGAUCCAAGUUGUACAUGAAUCAAAAAGAUGGUGUUACAUUUGUAUUAAGCUGGGAAUUCUUGCUGAAGGGAUUGGAAAAAAAAUUACUAGUAAAAUUUUAUACAUUCCAGAUAGAGAGGCAGGCUUAAAGUCUUUUUAAACAAUAUUUUUUUGUAUUUAAGUAAUUGCAGUUAUCUGGGAUUUUUUUUUGGUCAGAAUUCUGAAUUCUGUUUGGUUCUUCAUAUUCCGCGAAUAAAUAAAAAGCGUUGUGUUUUCA